CGGACCCAGCGCUGCGCACAAGCACAGCAACCACAUCGCUCCCAGAGGGAAGGAGACCACAUCACAGCCACACAUCGCCAUUUAGCUGUAGUGUGGCGAAUCCGAUCAUCAUUGUAGGAUGCCUCUUGGAGAGGAUGGAAAUGGAUGGAAAAAGAAGACAUCAGACAUCAAAGAAAAUUAUGACUUCAAAGAAGUGCUAGGAACGGGUGCUUUCUCUGAGGUGGUUCUAGCAGAGGAGAAGAGGACCCAGAGACUGGUGGCCAUCAAGUGCAUCCCCAAGAAAGCGCUGGAAGGCAAAGAGAACAACAUUGAAAAUGAAAUCGCAGUAUUACACAGAAUCAAGCACGCCAACAUUGUUUCGCUGGAGGACAUCUUUGAAAGUACAUCUCACCUAUAUCUUGUCAUGCAGCUGGUAUCUGGAGGUGAGCUGUUUGACAGGAUUGUGGAGAAAGGUUUCUACACAGAGAGAGAUGCCAGCCAGCUCAUCCACCAGAUCUUAGAUGCAGUCAAAUAUCUCCACGAUAUGGGGAUCGUCCACAGAGACUUGAAGCCAGAGAAUUUGCUGUAUUACAGUAUGGACGAAGACUCCAAGAUUAUGAUCAGUGACUUUGGACUGUCAAAGAUUGAGGGAGCGGGCAGUGUCAUGUCCACAGCCUGUGGUACUCCUGGAUAUGUGGCUCCUGAGGUGCUCGCUCAGAAGCCGUACAGCAAAGCAGUGGAUUGCUGGUCCAUAGGAGUUAUUUCUUAUAUUCUGUUAUGUGGAUAUCCUCCGUUUUAUGAUGAAAAUGAUGCCAAGUUAUUUGAGCAGAUUCUGAAAGCAGAGUAUGAAUUUGACUCUCCAUACUGGGAUGACAUCUCAGAUUCAGCCAAAGACUUCAUCUGUCACCUCAUGGAGAAAGACCCGUUGAAGAGAUAUACGUGUGAGCAGGCCCUCCAGCAUCCAUGGAUCUGUGGAGACACAGCUCUGGACAAGAAUAUCCAUGAAUCUGUCAGCGCUCAGAUCAAGAAGAACUUUGCCAAAAGUAAAUGGAAGCAAGCAUUUAAUGCCACAGCGGUGGUGCGCCACAUGCGGAAAUUGCAGCUGGGCACUAGUCUCGAGGGACCCAGUCAGAUAACUCCCACCAGUCCCUGCCAUGGACUUCUGCUCCCAGAGGAAGACGAGGAGGAGGAGGAGGAUGAUUUGGGGAAUGGGGAGGAGGAGAGACUGUCCCACUAUGAGGGCGGCCGUCGCGGGAGCAAUGAGGGCAGCACAGAUCGGGACAGCCUGCGGAGCUGCACCUACUGCUGCAGGCCAGCCAGUCGCGUCUGAGCACAACCUCCCAUUGUCAUGGUGACAUUGUGUCCCUGGAGCGCCCAGGGCCCACCCACCCAGUCUGGCCAGGAAUGCAGAGUAGUUAUCAGGCAGUGUCCACCAGAGUACAUCAACAGUGAGCAGGUCACUGUUAUGGUGUGGAGAAACAUACUCUAAGUCUUUGUCCAAAAACCACAUCCUGACUCAAGAUACACAAGUUUUAACAUUGUUGCAGAACAUUAUGCAUGGCUGCUCCAAACGGACAGAGAGUUUAUGAUUUUUUUUAAAAAAAAAGGGCCUGUCCAUGAUUAUCCUGAAAUUAAGAUGUAGUUUUCCUUUGUGCAGCUCUAGCAGACAUUGGUGACUUGGCAAGUGUGUACAUCACAACAAGUUGUUCUGGAUGUUACCUUCAGGAAGGAUUUAAUCCUCCGGAGUCUUAAUCAAAGAUGAGGCAGUCUCCUCCAUUAUUUUUGUUCUCACAUUAUCCGUCACAUCUACCUCUAAUCACAAUUACUGAGUGUCUACAUCCAUCUGGCCCAUACACUCUACAUUACUGGCAGCUUUCUCCAAAAAACCUGGCCAGACAGGGCACAAAGAAGAGGGGAUCACUUUUUUAAGGGAAACAGUGCUGAAAGCUUCUCCUGCAUGCCUUUAUACUCUUUACCCAUCAAUGUGACUCAGUCCAGUCACUGACCAAGUAGCUGUUUAGUUGAAUAGAGUUAACUUUGAGGCGUGUCUUCACUGCUGAUUCCACCUGCCUAUUUGUUCUGUUUGGUCACUCUUGUCUUUUUUCUCAUAUUGUAAUUAUUAAGUGUUUCUGUAUUUACUCUUUUUGUUUACUACGUUUUUGGAAAGGAGAGAGUUGAAAGUGGAAGGUGCUUCUGGGGGUUAUGGACUCUAUAUUCUGGCUCAGACUGGGUUUGUGAAGAGUGGUUCUGACCUGGAGUGUCUGCAUGCUUCUGUUGGGGAAAACAUAGAAAUGUAUGAAUAUCAAAAGGAGAGUUUUUUUUUUUGUUUUGUUUUGUUUUGUUUUAUGGCUGUUCUGUUACCAGAGGCUCAAACUGAGAUCCCCGUAAGUUUGUAAAACACAAGAAUCUGACCUUCCUCCCUGGGCGAGGAGAGUUAUUUUGGAGAUGCAAUUAUGCUUAGAAUCCACUACACGUGGGAAGAAAAUGAUCAUAUUCAUGUCUCGCUCAUCCUCCCUGUUCUGUUUCUGACAAGCGUCUAAAUAUCCGCCAGCUGUCAGUCUCUCGAUCUGGCUCGGGCCUGUCACACACUGAGUCAGAGGGAUCUCAGUCUGGGCGCUUCGCCUGCUCUGUGCUGUGCACCUCUAGUGGAAGAAGUUUUGGUCUACUGUUUGCAUGACCUGGUUAAAUAUGUUUACAUGAAUGACGAUCAAUUAGUAUAAACACACAUGAUUAUUAUUACUCUGUUGUAUUGAAAAAUGAUGUAAUACUGUAAUUUUGAGCUAUAUAAUGUGAAGUGAGUAACACCAGAAGUAAUGUUGUUGACAAAGUGCAACACAGCACAGUGGACUUAUCAUUUACAUUGACUAUGAUGGUCAAGUCUCUACCUGAGUGACCUUUCUCCUGUACUAUGAUUAUUUCCAACUCAGAUAUAUCUUUCUGUCUUCUUUUUAUUUUUUAUUUUUUUUAACCAUUGCUUAUCUAAAAGCUCUCAAACUAUUUAUUUCUGCCUG